AUGUCUUCAGACAUCGGCCAGACCAUUGAGGCAGCCUCACUGGAUACUAUGAGCCCUGAAGGACAUGUGCAGGCCAUUCCAGAGCCUCAAAAACCCACCGGCGCCCCCGUGCUGAUCGCGGAAAGGGCUUCGGAUGAUCGUUUAAUUCAAGAGUUGCAGGAAUAUGAAAGGCAGUCCAUGGAUACACAGCCGAAUGUUUCGAAAGGAGGCGAAGGCACGACAUUAACGAACGGUCACCAGAAUCCCAAUGCUACACUUCCCACAUCGCCUACAGACUGGUCUAGUCUACCAGCUCCAGGCCCGCCCGAAAGUGAUAUUAGCAUACCGCCCCCCCCUUCGAUGAACCCUGUUCAAGAGACAGCCAGUGAGAACAGCGCGGAUCCUGUUGAAGGCACUCUCGACGAAGCUAACGACAAUGCUUUCGAUGAUGAUUUUGAUGACUUUGGAGAAACGGUUGAGGACGGUGAUGGCUUCGACGACUUCGGCGACUUUGACAAUGCAACGAUGGUCGCUGAGGUCGAGGGUGAUUCAGUUGAGAGUAUCCAGGACCCCCCAAGUUCGGUAUGUAGAAGAGAGCAAGCCCUCUAA